AUGGGUGUGGCGAAGAAGACGAGAAAAUUCGGACAGGUAAGCUUAUCGAUAAGCCCGGCGGCGGUCAAGCGGUUAAUCGGCCAGCGCGAUGCCCGACUGAAAGCGAACAAGGAGAAGGCGGAGCUCGAGGCCAAGGCCAAGGCCAAGAAGACGGCCGACGGCGAGCUCGUGCGCGAGGCGCCGCAGAUGCCGAGCAACAUGUUCUUCCAGCACAACACGGCGCUCGUGCCGCCGUACAACGUCCUCGUCGACACCAACUUCCUCUCGCACACGGUGCAGCGCAAGCUCUCGCUGCUCGAGUCCAUGAUGGACUGCCUCUACGCCAAGUGCAACCCCAUCAUCACGUCGUGCGUCAUGGCCGAGCUGGAGAAGCUGGGGCCCAAGUACCGCCUCGCGCUGCGGGUGGCCAGGGACGAGCGGUGGCAGCGCCUCCAGUGCGACCACAAGGGCGUCUACGCCGACGACUGCCUCGUGGACAGGGUCAGCAAGAAUAGGAUAUACAUCGUGGGGACCAACGACAAGGCGCUCAAGCAGCGGUUACGCAAGAUUCCCGGCGUGCCGCUCAUGAGCGUCGCGAGGGGGAAGUACGUGAUUGAGAGGUUGCCGGGGGCUCCGGACUCAUAG